GCCGCCGGGAGCGGGGGAUGCGGCCGGGUGGCGGCGGCUGCUGCUGCUGCGGGCGGGACGGGCGAUGGCGAGGCGGCCCUGAGGGCCUCGGGGCGGAGGAGAAGGGAGGAAGAGGAGGAGGAAGGCGGCGCUGAGGGCGGCCGGGGCGAGGGCCGGGGGUUGCCGCCGCCGCCGCCUCCUCCUCCCGCCUGCCCAGGGCAGCCUGAGCCGGGGCCGUCCCGCCUGCCCCGGCCCGCGGCCGUCCUCGACACGGAGCGAGAGGAGCGGCUCGGCGGAGGGAAGAAGAAGAGGAGGAGGCGGAGGAAGAGGAGGAGGAGGAGGAGGAGGCGGCGAGGGGGAAAAUGAAGCUCCUGAAACCGACCUGGGUCAACCACAACGCCAAGCCGAUAUUUUCAGUUGACAUUCAUCCAGAUGGGACCAAGUUUGCAACCGGAGGGCAAGGACAAGAUUCCGGAAAAGUUGUAAUAUGGAAUAUGGCUCCUGUCCUCGAGGAGGAGGAUGAAAAGAACGAGAAUGUACCCAAAAUGCUUUGUCAGAUGGACAAUCAUUUAGCCUGUGUGAAUUGCGUGCGAUGGUCCAACAAUGGCAUAUACCUUGCUUCUGGGGGAGAUGAUAAACUGAUCAUGGUCUGGAAAAGAGCAGCGUACAUUGGGCCCAGCACCGUGUUUGGUUCCAGUAGUAAGCUUGCUAAUGUAGAGCAGUGGAGGUGUGUCUCAAUUCUGAGAAGCCACUCAGGAGACGUCAUGGAUGUGGCGUGGUCCCCUCACGACGCUUGGCUAGCCUCCUGCAGCGUGGACAACACGAUUGUGAUCUGGAAUGCUCUCAAAUUCCCUGAAAUCCUUGCCACUCUGAAAGGUCACUCUGGCCUGGUUAAGGGGCUCACCUGGGACCCUGUUGGGAAAUAUAUUGCCUCUCAAGCUGACGACCGAAGUUUGAAAGUCUGGCGAACCAUGGACUGGCAGCUAGAAACCAGCAUUACCAAACCUUUUGAUGAAUGUGGGGGCACAACACACGUGUUGCGCAUCAGCUGGUCUCCUGACGGGCACUACCUGGUCUCGGCUCACGCGAUGAAUAACUCUGGGCCCACCGCCCAGAUCAUUGAGAGGGACGGGUGGAAAACCAACAUGGAUUUUGUCGGCCACCGCAAAGCAGUGACCGUCGUGAAAUUCAAUCCCAAAAUCUUUAAGAAGAAACAAAAGAAUGGCAGCUCCACCAAACCAAGCUGCCCUUAUUGCUGUUGUGCCGUUGGGAGCAAAGACCGGUCACUUUCUGUCUGGCUGACGUGUCUGAAAAGGCCAUUGGUCGUCAUACACGAGCUGUUUGACAAAUCCAUCAUGGAUAUCUCAUGGACUUUGAACGGCCUUGGCAUUUUAGUGUGCUCCAUGGAUGGAUCCGUGGCAUUUCUGGAUUUUUCCCAAGACGAGCUUGGAGACCCCCUGAGCGACGAAGAAAAGAGCAACAUCCACCAGUCGACUUACGGUAAAAGUUUGGCUAUCAUGACGGAGGCGCAUCUCUCGACGGCUAUUAUUGAGAAUCCGGAGAUGCUCAAGUACCAGCAAAGGCAACAGCAAGCGGAGAAGAAGAACGAGGCCCUCCGAGACGGAACGGGUUCGGGAGCAGCGAUAAUGGCGCCUAAGCUGGCCAGCAUGGUGAAUGGAGAAAGCUUAGAGGACAUUAGAAAGAACCUUUUAAAGAAGCAAGUUGAGACCAGGACAGCCGACGGUCGGCGAAGGAUCACACCGCUCUGCAUAGCUCAGCUGGACACGGGGGAUUUUUCGACAGCCCUCUUUAACAGCAUCCCACUCUCGGGGUCUUUAGCCGGGUCCAUGAUGUCAGCUUCCCAGACCAAUCAGCUCAUAGCGUUAGAUUACAACGCGGCCAACUCCCUGGGCACCGUUAAGCCUGCCUUAGAGCCCAUGGCAGCGGCCGCUAAGUCGGCGGAAGACGUAGCCAACAAGGAUGGUGUGAACACUACCUCUACUUCAGCUGCUCUCCCGGCCUCUUCGUCCUCCGUGAUGCCCGCCUCUUCUAAGAUUGAGCCCAUGAAGGCUUUCGAUUCUCGGUUUACAGAGCGAUCCAAAGCAACCUCAGGGACUUCCCCCGUCUCGCAAGCCAAUCAAGUUACCUUGGACAGACUGAAGGAGCAGAACUCUAUUCGGGAAAGCAAGCCCAGGGAUCUCCUAGAAAGCAGCAGCGAUAGCGAAGAAAAGCUAGCCAUCAAACCCUCGUCGCUCUCCAAGCGAAAGCUGGACCUUGAAGUCGAAAAGAAGAAGAAAGGAAGACCUCGGAAAGACUCCCGGCUCAUGCCUGUUACUUUAACUGUUCAGGUAACCCAAAAGGCAGUACCUGAUGUCAACUCCGAAGUGGUGAGCGUGGCCUGUGAAAAGCGGACCCUCUCCGUGUUUUCGGCGUCUGGCCGUCGCCUUCUCCCUCCCAUCGUUCUCCAUUCCCCCAUCUCCACAUUACACUGUACAGGGUUUUACAUCAUGGCUCUCACAACUGCUGCAACCCUCUCUGUUUGGAACGUGCGGAAGCAGUCAGUGGUGGUGAAAGACGAGUCCCUACAAACCAUUUUAGCAGGAAGUGAAACCACUGUCUCUCAAAUCUUGCUGACUCAGCAUGGCAUCCCUGUGAUGAAUAUGUCGGACGGAAGAGCAUAUUGCUUUAAUCCUUCUCUAUCUUCCUGGAACCUCGUCUCUGACAAGCAGGAAACGUUGGCCCAGUGUGCAGACUUCAGGAGCAGUCUACCAUCGCAGGAGGCCAUGCUGUGUUCAGGACCUUUAGCCAUCAUUCAAGGACGAAUGUCUAACUCUGGGCGGCAGGCAGCCAAAUUGUUCUCCAUGCCUCAUUUGGUGCAGCAAGAAACCACCACAGCGUACCUGGAGAGUCAGGUGGCCUCUGCCUUGGCUUUACAGUCUAGUCAUGAAUAUCGUCACUGGCUGCUUAUUUAUGCACGGUACCUGGUUAAGGAAGGCUUUGAAUAUCGCUUGAGGGAAUUAUGCAAGGAUCUGUUAGGUCCUGUCCACUCUUCCUCUGGAAGUCAGUGGGAAUCAACUGUCGUGGGCUUAAGGAAACGGGACCUGCUCAAGGAACUGUUGCCUGUCAUCGGGCAGAACCUUCGUUUCCAGCGACUUUUUACGGAAUACCAGGAGCAGUACAUAACAUGUACAGAAUAUACCCAUUUUUAUGGCGGAAAGAAAGUUGAAAUUCCACAGUCCAACUUCCGGCGCCUGCCUUUUGAUCACUGUAGCUUAUCUUUGCAACCCUUUGAAUAUCCAGUUUGCACACCAGAUGGGACCAUUUUUGACUUGCUGAAUAUUGUUCCGUGGAUAAAGAAGUAUGGAACCAAUCCAAGCACAGGGGAGAAGCUGGAAGCCAAAUCUCUCAUCAAGCUGAACUUUGCCAAAAACAACGACGGGAAAUACCACUGCCCGGUGCUUUUCACCGUCUUCACCAAUAACUCCCACAUCGUGGCCAUCAAGACCACCGGGAACGUCUUUGGUUUUGAGGCGGUUGAGCAGCUGAAUAUAAAAACCAAGACCUUUAAGGAUCUGUUGAGCGAUGAGCCCUUUUCCAGGCAAGAUAUUAUUACAUUGCAGGAUCCCACCAACGUGGACAAAUUUAACGUGUCCGGCUUUUUUCACGUGAAGAACAAUUUGAAAGUCACUGACCCGGAUGACGAAAAAGCCAGGUCCGACCCCUCCUAUUACCUGAAAAAUGCCAACAUCGAGACCAGAGAGACGCUGUUGGAGUUAUACAAAGAAUUCAAAGGGGACGACAUUCUGGCAGCUACCAUGAAAGAGCCAGAGAAGAAGAAAACGGACAGGCUGAAUGCGGCUCACUAUUCCACUGGGAGAGUCAGCGCCUCGUUCACAUCCACUGCCAUGGCACCUGAGACGACCCACGAAGCAGCUGCCAUUGACGAUGACGUGGUACGGUACCGGUAUGUCAAGAAGAAGGGUUACGUCCGGUUGCACACCAACCAAGGGGACCUCAACCUGGAGCUUCACUGUGACAUGACCCCUAAAACCUGUGAAAACUUCAUUAAACUCUGCAAGAAGAAAUACUACGACGGGACCAUAUUUCACCGAUCAAUUCGCAAUUUCGUGAUUCAAGGUGGAGACCCAACCGGGACGGGGACAGGAGGAGAAUCGUACUGGGGAAAGCCGUUCAAAGACGAACUGAGGCCCAAUUUGUCCCACACGGGGCGAGGUGUCCUCAGCAUGGCCAACACAGGGCCCAACACCAACAAAUCUCAGUUCUUCAUUACUUUCCGCUCCUGUGCGUACCUGGAUAAGAAGCACACCAUCUUUGGAAGAGUGGUAGGCGGCUUUGAGACCCUCACUGCGAUGGAGAACAUAGAGAGCGAUCCCAAAACGGACCGUCCCCAGGAGGAAAUAAAAAUUAAGUCCACAACAGUUUUUGUCGAUCCAUACGAAGAGGCCGAUGCCCAGGUGGCCCAAGAAAGAGAGAAGGCCCAGCAGGAAGAGGAGGCAACGAAGAGAGAAAGCAAAGAAGUCCCAAAGAAGGAACCUCCCGCACCCAAAACUUAUCGCACAGGAGUUGGGAAAUACAUAAAUAUAGCAGCAGCGAAGCGAGCCGCGGAAGAGGGACCAUCCACCAGCGGGGUGGCCAAGAAGGAGAAGAAAACCGGAGGCUUCGGAGACUUCAGCUCGUGGUAGCCCAUGGAGGAGGACCAACUCCAAACCUUCCAGCUUGGAAUGGAGAAGAGCCAGGUCUGUGCCCUCUGCCACUGUCCAAAAAAUAUGAGACUCUUGGCUGCAAUCUUUCCCCUUAAUAUUGUUUCCCUGGCAGCCUUUUGUGGGCUUGGGAAGAGCUUUGGUCAAAGUUAAGGCUUUUCGCAGAGUGCCUGUAAGUCAGCGACAACCCAGAAAGAUUCCUGCAGAUUUCUUUCGGUGGGGCGUGGUUCCAAGUAGAAGAAAGGAGAAAGAUCUUCCAUUUCACAGCUGAGUGAUUGAAUUUGGGAGAAGACAGUUUGGGUGGGGGAAACCACAGUCCUUCCCAAGCUGUUCCCAUUUUGAAGAGCUGCCCAGAUGCUCUUGAACAACAAACUUUUAUCUCUGCAACCUGUUGAUUUCCCACCUAGACAUUCCAAGCCAACAUCCUUGUUUACAGGUGGUGAUGGAUACAGAUCCUCAACUGUUGCUCGGUGAGAAUUCUGCUUCAAAAUACACACACACCCCCCCCAAUAUCCACCUAAUGCCGCAACUCUGCUCCAGUUUCUCUUAGCUACUGAAGAGCUGUUGGCCCAUCUUCUCUCUGAUGUGUAGCCUAAAAUACCUGAGGAAGCCUCUAGGAAAACUCCCUGUGGUUUUAGGCCUUAUUGGCCUAACCCAGCUAGCCACUUGAUCUUACCUACCUCUUUGGGGAAUUUCAACUCCCUUCUUUUGGGAGACAGAAGGAUUUCUGGACCCCAGAAGCAAACUGAUCCAAAACCAAAGGGCGUAAGUGAUCGAUUACUUGCUAACAGUGAUAAAAGUUAAGCAGACAGAACAGUAACCGGGAAGCGUUUGUGUGAAGAAAGGCAAAACAGCAACAAGGAAGGGUUGAAGGAUCUUUGGAGUGGUGUGGUUACCAAGAGGUUGAGCUCUCGCUAUUGGGAGGUUGUGAGUUCAAUCUUAGGUAGAGCAGAUAUUUCUCUUUCUGGGCACACUGAGACCAUAUCUGCUGAACAAAAAACUCUGCAUUGGUGACAGGAAGGGCAUCGGGCCAGUAAACCGCUCUGCUAGCUCCAUUCAGUUGCCCAAGCUCCGCUCCGCAAGGGAUUAUGGGAUUGUUAAAAGAGGAUGAUGAUGGGUUGAAGGAUCUUUCCCAAAGAUACAAAGGUGCUGCAUUUUAGCCCCUUUUUCUUCAUCACUGCCCUUUGAUGGCAGUGCUUAGUUCCCCAUCUCCACCAAAAUGGAGUUGCUGUUGAGGACGUGUGCUUUUAGUUUGGCCCAUUUCAGAAGUCCAUUCCUGAAAUUAUCAGCACCGGCCAUCCAUCUUGAGCCUUCUGGGAAACCUACACAUCUAGAGAGGUCAGUAAAAUCUCUCAAGAGUUGUCGUUCAAAUGUCAGAAAACAUUGAGUUUGGGUCAAACUUCCUGAUGCCUCUCACAUCCAAUUUCUAACAGUAGUUUCCAAGCUAAAAAACACACACACGAGGAGGUUGGGGUUUUUUUUCUUUUCUUUUUCUUUUUUUUUAAAAAAAAUCCUUAAUCGCCCACCACUUUUUCCUUCGGGGAUGAUCUCAUUGACAAAUGUUCUGCAGCAGAAGGAAGAUGACAAUUAACUCCAUUCAUGCUAAAAAUGAGAAUUGCCACUUGUCCUACCGAGCUAAAAUAGGGAGUUGGCUUUGGGCACAAUCAAUCUGCUUGAGUCUUGUGCUACCUGGAUAGAAUAUUCUAGCCAUGUAGUCCGAUCAGUCACUGGUUUUCUUUGCUAAAAUUAUUAUUAUUAAUUUUGGGGGGGACUGUUCAGGGAUUUGAGGAGAAAACAGUGCAUAUACACAAAUUGAAAGAGUGGUCUUUUGAAAAAUUAACCUGUUGCAAUGUACUUUUGUACAAGUUUCCUGGGUCACAAAAUUUGUAAGCGGGAUGGAUUCCGUGAAAUAUUUUUCAUUAAAGUUUUACAUUU